AUGGGCUCAAGUCAGUCAACUAUUAAUUCCUUUGACUUAUCAAAUAAAGUCAUUAUUAUUACCGGUUCUACUGAUGGAAUUGGUAAAAGUUUGGCUCGAAUAAUCUCAUCAUAUAAUCCAAAACGCUUAAUACUUCCAAUUCGUAACAGAAAAAAAGGUGAACAUCUCCUUGAGUAUAUCAAAGAAUCUAAAGAUGGGAAUGGUGAAUGUAUUGAAUUAUGGGAUAUGGAUUUGGCGGAUUUACAUAGUGUAAAGAAUUUCGCUGAUAAGUUUAUUAAAGAGGUUGGAGAAUUACACUACUUAUGGAAUAAUGCUGGUAUCACUUGUACUGGAUUUGAGAAAACAAAAGACAAUUUUGAACAACAAUUCCAA